AUGUUCUUUCCAGCAGAAUAUCCAGUUACAAAGGAUAAUAUGAACUAUGCUGUGGUUAUCGUCGGUGGUAUAUCAAUAUUUGCUACAGUCUAUUGGAUUGUUUCUGCUCGUCAUUGGUUUGUAGGUCCAAAAAGAACUACUAAGAAUUCAUUUCAAUUAUCACCAACUUUUAUUACUACUAGUGGCACUACGAAAAUAUCGCCAUCACCUAACGCUAUCCAUAGUCAAUUGUGA